GUCAUCUGCUGCAUCCCUCCAUUCACCUCUCAGCCCAUGGACGACCGUCUCUUGUCUUCUUUGGAGGCCACCACCAGCAGUAGCAGCAGCAGCAGCCCUUUGCACUUGCGCCCCCGUGGCCUUCCCACGGCCACGCAAGACCACAGCCCGCACGAUCUCGAUGCCUUUGCUUCGCCCCCGCCGCCCAACCGUGACCCUCCUCUUCCCCAACCAUUUCCCUCACCCUUGCCCGCCACGGAUCCGAGGGAUCUUCCAACCCCUCUGCUGGAGUCAGGCCCCGAUCUCAGUCUGAGCUUUGCUGGCACCAUCCUUCCGUCGAAUCAUGUCCCACUCCCUACCCCUCCGGCAGUCAAAACUUCUCCCAACCUGCGUCUCCCCUCGUUCGACCUGCUGGGCAUUGCCGCACCCCAUCCCGAUCGCAAGUCUUUCGACGCCAGUCUCUCGUUUGCCUCGCUCGGUGCCGGCCCGCUAUCCAAGCCAGAGGAUCCCCUACAUGCCCUCAGCCCGCCGCUCGCUCGCAUCCCCCACCUGGACGCGCCCCACGACUUUCCCUCUCCUCCAGUAGCCACCGCCAAACCUGCCAGGGGCGACCUCCAUCACCCCGUUCCGGUCGUUACCCCUCCCACGGAAUCCGGAACGUUGAAUUGGGGUUCAUUCGUGAAUGUCAGACCCGCCGGCUUGGGCUCACCUCCUAGCUCAGAGCCUGGCGUAUCUCCCGAUCUCACAAACACAGCUAGCGCCAGCUCCUUGGGUCCUUCUUCCAACGUCAUCGUUCCCAUCAUGCAGGAAGUCGAUGGUGCCCUGGGGAUGGCUUCCUGCAUCCAGCAAAUAAAGGAGCUUCUAGCUACCGAGUCGCAGGCCGAUAGACUCGACUUGGUCACCAUACUCUCCCAUGCUCUUCCUUGUCCCUCCAUGUCCGGCCAUCUCUUUGGUCAGAUUGUUGCCUUUAUGCACGAGAGGACAAACUCCAAAACUAACUGGACCAAUGUCUUCCAUGCUGUUCCCGGCCGCUUCACCGUUUCUGACCUGCCCAAGUCUCCGCCAUCAACCCCCGGGCCCGCCGUGGGGGGCGAUGAAUACUUCACCACAAAAAUCUUCGACAGUGCCGUGGCCGUCCCAGAUUAUCAAUUAGAAUCCAAGCUCUUGCACCCUUCCCCGAAGCCAGUGGUAGCUCCCGGCACCGUUCAUAUAUCUAUUGUCGAACGUUAUAUCCCACCAACCAACACAAAUGAGUAUGCCGAAAUGUUUCUGCUGCGGGGCAAUUCCCUGCUUCACGACCGACUGACCGAGCUCACCAAAGACAACGGAUUGCUUCUUUUCAUAUAUCCAACAAAGACGGGCGCUCGCACUUUUAUGCAAGAUUACCUCGGACCGGUACUGGACCCUCUGCUCCGAACCCUGACCGUGGUUCACGACCUGGCGUCGGACCUAGGCAGAAGCGUGGGUCAAAUGAGCUCGGUGGCUUAUCUCGACGAGUACCAUUCGUUAAAAGCACAACUGGAAAAUUUCUGUCUUCUGGUGGGCAACAACGCACUGGGCGAACAAAAGCCUGUAUACGAAGUGAUCCACGCGUCCAAGGAAGAAGUGUAUCCAGAGCGAGAGGCGUGGGCAAACGGCUGGUGGAUCAAGCAAGAAAAGCCAAGGAUCCGCGACACCAUAACGCGGUACUUCCGUCAAACCAAAAAAUUACCCGGGUCGGGCAUGACGGGGACCCAUCUAAUCGAGGAGGUGCUAGACGGCGUCGCCCACCGCAAAAUCGAUAGCGAAAUUCGGCCACGGGGGAUCGAAGUCGGCGUCUUCGUCAUCAAGAAGACCGCCGGAUCGAGCGUGGUAGAUUAA